AUAGAGUUGUAAAGUUUUGGCCUGGCAUGGCAUAUUCACACAACAAAACAAAAAUGCGCUGCUCACUUGUGUGCCCACGAGGCCGUCUCUCUAAAUAGAUCAAAAGAAGAGUUUGGCAAUCGGAGGUUCGAUUGUACAACAGCUAAAAUAUUAGUAUUUACACCACCGAGCGGAAGCCUGUUCAGCGGCCCAUAACAGAACCCACCGUUUCAAAAUUCCAUCGGCUGACAAACCCAAAGGCGAGUUGGCCGUUCUCUGGAAUUCGUGAAUAACUAUUUUCCCCUGCUCGGCGAGAGCUGACUUAGACGCCCUGUGCUGGAGCAUCAAUGAUGCCAACGACCUAUUUUAAAACCGGAAAAAUACACGAAACCGGAAAAAAGCACUAAUCUAAGGAAAGGUUUCGGCGCCGGUCCUUCUCUUGAAUAGCCUUUCUCCUUAAUGUCCGAAUUGUUUUCGUUCUGACUUUGGUUUAGUACCAUACCGAGCUCAGAUACAAUAUAUAAAAAGUUAAUAGUGUGUUAGACAAGCGUUUCAUGAGGCCGAGGGGAAUAUGUCCGUUGCACCUGGAGCGGUGCUUUCGCCUGGUAUAAUCUCAGUUCGGGAAUGCCCCUCUAGCCGGGCCACGCCCACCAGGCAGCCAUGCCAGUGCAGCCAGUCCAGCCAGUCCGUCCCGUGAGCACCUACGACAACUUGGGCGUCUGCCAGCCGAGAUCCCCGGGCGGCGGGAUGAGUGAGCCGGAGAUGGAGAUGGAGCCGGAGAUGGAACUCAGUGGCAGCCACAACGGCACCAGCCACAGCAUUGCCGCUGUGAAGGCGGCCCUGAACGACGCCAAGUCCAAGUUCUUCGGGAUCAACAACUAUGAGUCACAGUCUCAAGUGCCGGCGGUCCAGCCGGAGCCGAAGUACCAGAAUGUGCCGCAGCGGGACGAACCUCCGGCAGUGGCUGCUCCAGAGCCAUCGCCUCCGUCGGCUCCUUCCGGGGAUCUGGCCAUUGGAGCUGGAACAGGGAACAGGGCACUGCGGUAUGCGACCACCUACGAACAGAUUCCCCUCAGCGACUUGGAAACUCCGCAGUCGUCGCAGGCCGUCUACAUGAGCACCACCGUUCCGCAAAACAUGAAAGGCAUGAAGAUCGCCGGACGACAUACGCCAACCCGGAACAGCCUGAGGCACAGUCGGAUGAUCGUUGUCAAUCACAAGAACCACGACAGUCUCCAAGCCACCUACAUACGGAAUCUAAAUAUUUCGCGACAACUCCUAAUUAUGCAAUUAGCUGUUGGAUUGCUGAUCGUGGGUCUUGCCGCUUGGAUACUUAUUCUGGCGCCGAGCGCAUCAAUACUGAUCAAUCCGUAUCUGAGUGGUCUGUCGCUCCUGUUGGCCAGUGUGGCUGGUCUCAUCCUGCUGCGAAGGGGCCACAAGUCGGACCACAGACCCCCGAACAGCUGCUACAAGGUCCUGCUGGCCGAGUCCUACGUGUUCACCGCCCUGGCCCUGAUCUUCUGCUGCCUGGCACUCGUCUGCGCAGCCAUCGAGUUCGCGGAGCUGGCCUCCUCUGCGGAUGGAGGGUGCGGACCCACGUCCAGCUCGCUGCUGAGCUACCACAACUGCACCUGCCUUUCGGCGGACGAGGGUGUGGCCUCCUCCGAAGCCCCACCUCCACUUGCACCUCUCCAGGAGCCACCGCAGAGCGCCGGAUGUGGACAGAUCCGGGCCGAAUGGAAGUAUCUGCUGGCCUUCUCCAUGGCGCUGAACACUCUGGGCAUUGUUGCAACAUUCUUAUACAUAACGCUAUUUAUUUGUUGCCACCGCAACAGGGAACAUUUUUACACGUCUGUGUAGGGGAGUUUACACCUAGGCUAUCACUUUACUUUUAUAUAUUACUUAAAUUAUUUUGGUAACUGAUAAACAAUUUAAAAUAAAUAAUUUAUUUAUAAUAACACCAUCUCAAUCUGCAUAUAACGUGUAAGACAUGGAACUAACGACGUUGACAAAAAUAUAUGGUGCUUUACCUAUAGUUGCUUAUAUAGCCAAUAUAAUAAAUAAAACCACUUUCCAAAAAAAUAUUAAACAGAUUCUUAUGAAACCUAAACAAAGUUCCUUACAAACAAAUUACAA